ACAGAUUUUUAUAAAAAAAUAUUAUUUUCUGUGGACAAUGUACUCUAGCUUCUUCACCUUCUAUUACAGAUAACAGUGUCAGAGCCCAAACAACCUAGCUAAAAAAAAACACAAAGAAAAUGUCUGUUUUCUUACGCGGAGGAAUCGCCGGAGGAUUUUUUCUCCGUAGUCGUGACUACUCAGCCGUCAUCACAAAACGAAGAAUCUCAUCAUUUGGAGCUGUAACCGGACGAAGCGUCAAUCCAACGGCAGCCACUGAACAACGUGCCACAUGGCUACCUGGUCUCGAACCUCCUCCUUACCUUGACGGAAAGUUAGCUGGAGAUUACGGGUUUGACCCACUCGGGUUGGGAGAGGAUCCGAAAAACUUGAAAUGGUAUGUUCAAGCAGAGCUUGUUCAUGCUCGUUUCGCCAUGCUCGGUGUUGCCGGAAUACUCUUCACCGAUCUACUUCGUACCACAGGAAUUAGCAACUUACCUGUUUGGUACGAAGCUGGAGCAACGAAAUUUGAUUUUGCCAGCACGAAGACUCUCAUUGUUGUACAGUCUCUACUUAUGGGGUUUGCUGAGAUCAAAAGGUAUAUGGAUUUCGUCACACCAGGAUCACAAGCCGCAGAAGGAUCUUUCUUUGGACUUGAAGCAGCACUGGAAGGGCUUGAGCCCGGAUAUCCUGGAGGACCGCUCUUGAAUCCACUAGGCCUUGCUAAGGAUAUCAAGAACGCUCAUGACUGGAAGCUUAAGGAGAUCAAGAAUGGUCGUCUAGCUAUGAUGGCAAUGCUAGGGUUCUUCAUUCAAGCCUCUUUAACCCACACUGGUCCUAUCGAUAACCUUGUCGAGCAUCUCUCUAAUCCAUGGCAUAAGACCAUCAUUCAAACCCUCUUCACCUCUGCCUCUUAAUUACAUUUCAUGUAGCAAAUUUAAUAUAGUGCUGGAGAAGUGUAUCAGUUACCUUUAUUUCAUUUAAGAGUACAACAAAUCUAACCAACAAUCUUAAAUGUUCCACUGCUGCCUCUCAAUAAAUCCUCUUUUAACGUUCAUCAUAACAAAAUAAAAAUCGAAUGUGGAAGAACCGAAAACCACCUGUAAUAAACUGGAGUUUGGUUCACUUAUUCGAUUUCUUUCUUGACAAGAACAUGAAGACUUUUGGUAGCAAAGAAA